AAGGAAGAAAGAAAGAAAAGUAAAAUUCUGACAGGCAAGAAAUCAGAUUCAAAGUUCUAGAGAGAGAAAAACAGAACAUGACAUGAAUAGUAUUAAGACAGAACCAGAAACAAAAACACAAAAGCAUGUAAGAAGAUUACAUUAUGGAUGCUGAAUAGGAAGAACGAGGGAGGCUAGGGAAAGGGUCUAAUUCUCUAGCUGCUGUAGCUGUCCUUCUGUUUGUGCUUUCUUCUUGGUACAGCUUUUUGAAGGUCUCCAAUCUCCAUAUAAGGUGUUGAAUUAUUUAGCUUAGUUCAUUGUUCAGGUGGAUAUAGUAAUGCUGGCAAUAUGGGAAAGAAAGGAAGUUGGUUUUCUGCAAUCAAAAGAGUUUUCACAUCACACUCUAAGGACAAGGAAUCUGAUAAAAGAAGCAGCAAAGAAAAGAAGAAGAAGGGCCUAGGAAAACUAAAGCAUGGGGAAAGCAAUUCCUUCAUUCCCCUCUUUAGGGAGCCUAGCAGUAUUGAGAAAAUUUUGGGGGAAGCUGAAAGGGAGCAAAAACUAGUGUUCAGACCUCCCACACCUCCAGAGCAACCCAGAACACCUCCUUUUGUGCCUAACAGAGCUGCUUCUCCACGUGUUCCUUCACAGAGGAUUUCUUCUCCUAGGGUUGCUUCCCCAAGAGUCAGUUCUCCAAAGGUUGCUUCUCCUAAAGUUUCUUCUCCAAAGGCUGUUUCUCCACCUCGCAGGGCACCUUCUCCACCUACACGAGCUCCUCCUCCAAAAACAGCUUCUCCUAGGAUCAUUCGACCAAGACCAGAGCCAACUCUAAGGAACCAGCAUGCUUCUGCUACAAAAAUUCAAGCUGCAUAUAGAGCUUAUAUGGCAAGAAGAAGCUUUAGAGCAUUGAAGGGUCUUGUGAGGCUCCAAGGAGUGGUGAGAGGACAGAAUGUGAAGCGUCAGACUAUGAAUGCGAUGAAAUACAUGCAGCUCUUGGUGAGGGUUCAGUCACAGAUUCAAUCACGCAGGAUUCAGAUGUUAGAAAACCAAGCACGACGUCAGGCUAUGAAUAAGGAUGCAGAGAGCACCUUGAGCAAAUGGGCAUCUGAGACAGGUAAUGAAAACUGGGAUGAUAGCUUGUUGACAAAGGAGGAAAGAGAGGCAAGGAUGCAAAGAAAGGUGGAGGCAAUUAUCAAGAGAGAGAGAGCCAUGGCCUAUGCAUAUUCUCACCAGUUGUGGAAAGCAACUCCAAAAUCAGCUCAAAAUGCUCUAUCAGACAUCCGAUCUGGUGCAUUUCCAUGGUGGUGGAACUGGUUAGAACGCCAGCUGCCUCCAGCCAAUCCUUCUGAAAGCCAAGGCAUGAAGAAUUUCCAACUUACACCACCAAGGCCAAACUCUGAGCUCAAACCUAGUCCAAGGCCAGCAUCAAGCACCAAGCAACAUCCCUUUGGAUUUGACAUAAUGGACAUUUCUACACCAACAUCUACAAAAUCAACCAUAUUACCAGCAACAAAGCACUUGCGAACCCCACCUCCACCUAGACUCUCACAAGGGAACAGCUCCAGUUUGCCAAAGUACUCAAGACCAAGAGCUAGUGGAGCUGAUUCUCCAUUUGACUUGUCACUGAGGGAUGAUGAUAGCCUCACCAGCUGCCCACCGUUCUCAGUUCCCAACUACAUGACUCCUACAGUUUCCGCGAAAGCCAAAGUCAGACCUAGCAGCAUUCCAAAAGAGAGAUAUCUGGGGACCCCAAGCAGUGAGUCAAAGAGGAGGCUUUCUUUUCCCUUGACACAAGGUAUUGGAUCUUUCAAGUGGAACAAAGGGUCCUUCUUCUCAGGCAAGAAGGAUUCUAGUUCUCAAAGAGGCUUGGAUAAGCGCCAGUCACUUCAAUCUAUAGGCAAUUUGAGUGUGGAUUCAACUGUUUCUAUGCCUGCUACAGUUGGAAGGAAGCCAUUUAACAGAUUUGUGUGAUUUAUUUUUCCAUUUUGUUAACCUUCUUUUUUUUUUUUUCUUCAUUUUGAUGUUUUUUCCUACUUGAGUGUAUGGUGAUAUGUUGGUUUACAAAAUUACUGAUGUAAAAUAAAAAAAGAAAAAAAAAAAGAAAAAAGGGAAAAAACAAUAGGAAGUGGUGGUUUGUAUGUAACAGGAUUUGGGUUUUUUAAAAAACAGUGAUUAAUUCU